AUGUCUCUAGAACCCGUCAUGCCGCCCUACAACGCCACCGACCCGUCGGCCACGUUCCUCUCCUCGUCGUGCCUCGACUUCUUGCUCAUCGAGCUGGUGCCCCUCGCCUACCGCGUCACGAGCGAGCGAGACGCGCCCGCGCCCUACUCGGACUCGAAUGGCGGCGCCGGCGCCGGCCAGGGCGGCCCAGCCGUCGGGUCGGGGGCCAGUCGCGCCGUGGAUGAGGACGAGGAGCUUGAUGCAGUGCACUUUCGGCUCGAGUCUCUUGGGUACAGGGUCGGGCAGGGGCUGGUCGAGCGGUUCUCCAGAGAUCGCCCUCGGUUCAACGAUACACUCGAUGUUAUCAAGUUUCUCUGCAAAGACCUCUGGUCACUAGUCUUUGGCAAGAACAUCGAUAACCUGAAAACAAAUCACCGCGGAGUCUACGUCUUGACGGACAAUGUAUUCCGCCCAUUUUCAAGAAUGAGCACCGAGGCAGGUGGCCAAGCAGUUAUUCGUGCGCAACCGUUCCUCUGGUUUCCCUGCGGCAUAGUGCGAGGCGCUCUGGCUGCCUUGGGGAUGAAUGCCACUGUCCAAGCCGAGAUCAACGACCUCCCAGGAGCCGUAUUUCAGAUCAAAACCCUCCCCGCCAAGUCAUAG